AAUUAUAUUGCACAUACAACAGCUGUUCAAAUGCAAUUGACAAUAAAUUGUGUAAGCCGCGCAUUCAUUAAUUUGCUUUGUAUGGUUGUGUGUAAUUUUGAUUUUUUUGUAAGGAAUUAUGGAACAUUUAAAACAAGUUAUUAAAGCUUAUGAAAAAUGGGUGGCGUCCAAUCCUGAAGUUGUAUGUGAUGUGGAAACAACAACAAAAUGGGUUUCUUAUUUUAUAGCAGGACGCAUUUCUAAUUCAUCUGUGGUCAGCGAACUGGUAUACACCCUCUCUAACAUAAUGGUUUUGUACAAUGAUCGUAUUAUACACAAUGCUAGACAAUUGACGGAUGCUGCUAGGCCUGCAAAUGACGCUUUGGAAAAUGACGAUUUUCUAGACGUUUCGGGCAGCAAAAUUUGCUAUCGUCUAAAGGUCAUAUUAACCACACUUGAAUACUGCGAGGUGUUUUUAGAAAUAUCAGCUAAACGCGUGUUCGGUAAUCGCGGCAAAUGGAUUAUUAUUGCUGUACUGCAAACGAUGAAAGCUUUGGGACGAUGUUUUAUCUUAAUGCAUUCAACUGAACGAAUUAUUACGACACCAACUUUACCCACGUUAAAUAGAAGGACUUUUGCAAGAAAAGGCAAUGUCAGUAAGUCAAGUGGCAAUAACAAGAGUGCAUUAAACGCACAAAGUUAUGUUUACAUAUUAAAACGUUCAGGACGAGUUGUCCGCCGAGUUGAAGGAGCUCUACCUAUGCAAUGUCGUAGCUUCAAACUAAAUGAGGAAUUAAAUGAAAUGCGGCGUGAACAAGUGCCAAAAAUUCUAAUUCAAGCCGAAUACAUGUACAUAGCUAAACCGUUGAUACAUUUGGCCGCCAUGGGCAUGUUUGGCCAAAAAUCUUGGAAACAAUAUAUACUUGCUUUGGUGAUGGAUUUAGCUAGUAUUAAUAUAUAUCAAAGGAACCGUCAUUUGAUGACUAAACGGCAACAAUUGAUAUUAUCCCAUCGUUGCAUUAAUUUGUUGCUUUACAUCGUGCGAUCGCCGGUUUAUGAGUGUUAUACUCAAUCUAAAUUAAAUAAUUUCUUAACUUUUGCGACCAAUAGCAUACCUAUUUUUAAAAUACUAACUGAACCUCUUAAAGAAUACAUUCCUCAUUGGCAAAAUACUUACUACUACUUGUGGUCAACAUAAACCGUAUCGUUUAACAAAUGGUUUUUUUAAUA